AUGAAGAAAGCCUCAAUCCAAUUUCUGAAAUGGAGCCCGCUCUACGAGUCGGAGAAGCCCUUCCAGAUAUUUGGCAACAUCCACGAGGAUUCAGCUGACCAACGCAAGACCAACCUGGCUUGGCACGAAGAGCAGGUCGAGGUGCAAGACUGUCGCGAUAACGCUCACGAGUUCGGGCUUGAUUCCCAUGGGUUCGCCAUCCGCCGCAUGCCGACCUUCACGGAGCUGUCAGACCGGGAGGCAGUGAUCGGGAAAUACAUACCAGCCGUCAAAAAGAUGCUGCAAACUGAGCUGGAAGACGUCGGGACGGUAUUUCUGUUCGACUGGCGGAUCAGAGAGAGCGUAAACCAGGUCGAAGCGGGAAGCAUGAUCAACUUUAGUGAUCAGUUCCAGCCGCUUCUGCCCAGCAAUUACGCCCACAUGGACACGAGUCCGAUAUCUGUGGUCCGGCGCAUCCAGGAGAGCUUUCCGAACGAAGCUGCCCAGAUCUUGCGGCAGCGUGUGAGGGCUGUGAAUGUAUGGAAACCACUGUCCAAUCCGGUCGAUGAAUGGGCCCUUGCAGUGUGCGAUGGCACCACCGUGAGCCGUGACGACCUGAUCGAGACGGACUCGAUACGUCAAGGAAACGUCAGCUCGCAUUACUAUGUCCGAUACAACCCGGAUCAGAAAUGCAUCAAACAGCUGUGGCCGGUGGAGAACCCCAAGCCCAGACGGAGCAUUGAGGUCCGCACCCUCAUCUUCUCUGCCCAAGUGGACGCGGGCCAGGGAGCCUAG